CGUGGCCCCUUUCGGUUUCCCUUUGCCCAUGGCGGCCUGGCACGGCUGCUGGGCCGAGGGCGGCCCGGCGGAGGACGAGACGGGCUUAUGGAGGUACGACUCCACCUGGGAGGAGGACGACGAAGAGGAGGAGGAGGAGGAGGAGGAGGAGGAGGAGGAGGAUGGCGGCGGCGAGGCGGAGGGAGCAGAGGCGGCAGGCGGGGAGGAGCCGGAGGAUGCAGCGGAGCAGCCGGUGCCCAGCUGGGCGCAGGGCUGCCGGCAGGCCCAGCCUAGGUGGUAUACUUUAUGGCUGAAGCUGCUAAUGUUUUUAUUCAAUACUGAGGAUCAAAGAUCAAAUUUGUCACCACUGUCUCGGAGGGUUUUUGAGUUCUCAGGCAGGCGCAACUGGAACGCGGCAAAAGACUUGCAGCGAUACAGACAUCGUUACCCGGGUUUGAUAGAAUCAGAAAACGAGGAGGAAGAAGAGAUGUGGAACUUAAGCUUUUAUAAAAAUGAAAUUUGUUUUUUACCCCACGGUUUGCAUAUUGACACUCUGCUCGAAUCUUGGUGGGACAACUAUGAAGUUCUGGAAGAAAACCAUUCUUACAUACAGUGGCUAUUCCCUUUGCGUGAACACGGGAUGAACUUGCGUGCCAGACCGCUCACGUGUCAAGAAAUCCAGGCCUUUAAGAAAUCCAAGGAAGUUAUGCAAAGGUUUAUACGAGCGUAUCAGCUCAUGCUGAGAUUUUAUGGAAUCAAUCUGAUCAAUGAGGAAACUGGAGAACUUAAGAGAGCAGAGAAUUGGGCUAAACGAUUUCAAAACUUGAACCGGUUUAGCCACAACAAUUUGCGGAUUACGCGAAUCCUGAAGUGCCUGGGAGAGAUGGGGUAUGAACACUAUCAAGUGCACUUGGUAAAGUUUUUCCUAACAGAAACCCUUGUUAAGAAGACAUUACCAAAUGUCAAGAUAAGUGCCUUGGAUUACUUCCUGUUCACCAUCAGAAGCAAACGGAAGAGAAGAGAACUAGUCCACUACGCUUGGCAACACUUCAGACCUCGAGGCAGCUUCGUGUGGGGGCCGCACGACAAACUCCUGAAGUACAGGCCCCGCUCCGCCAGGUCACAGCUGCACCAACAGGCUGAGGAUAAACAGGAAACUCCUGGUAAAAAAUGUGAUGAUUCUGAGGAAAAGGAUCAGAAUCGGUCUCUAGAAGAACAGAAAGCUGGAGGUGCUGGAGAUGCUGCAGACUCGCAGCCUAAAGUGAACGAUGAAGAUGUAAAAGAGAAGUUAAGUGAAUAUGUUUCAAAGGGAGGUAAAAAAUGUGAUGAUUCUGUGGAAAAGGAUCAGAACUGGUCUCUAGAAGAACAGAAAGCUGGAGAUGACGCAGACUCGCAGCCUAAAGUGAACGAUGAAGAUGUAAAAGAGAAGUUAAGUGAAUGUGUUUCAAAGGGAGGGGAUGGUGAUGAGGAGAAAGAAGCUUCACUUACCCAGCUGGAGGAGAAGGAUUUAAACAGUGAGACUGAAGAAGUGCAGACUACAGCAGAGAAUGACUGCACAAAGGAGAGCAAGAAGAGAAAACUGGAUGCAAAUAUGGCAGACGCUAAAAAGAGUGGACAGCUGAAAAGCCCUACUGAUAUUGAAAACAUUUCCCGUAAUCUGGGAGAAUGUGCGAUUGAUGCAGAAAACCCCUCCUCAGUUCCGCUCUUACAAGCAGAAGAGGACCAGGACACACCGAAAGAAGAGGAUGCAAGCACCAAAGACUCGGCAGGGCCAGAGACCGCUGAUGCAGCUGUAAAACGGAGGAAAGUCAAUGAAAGAACAUCGAGAAGCAAAACGUUCAACUUGGCCAUAAACCUGAACAUGGGGCCCUCUGCCUCUAAUGCCACGGUAAAUCCAUCCGUUGCAAACGCUGAGGCUGAAAAAGAAAAUGUCAGUGAGAAAAAUGCAGCUGUGGAAGCGACAAGUGAGAAGGGGGGUGGUGACGCAAAUGGUGGGGCUGCGAGAGCCCCAGUUGGUUCCGAGACGACUGGACUUUUCUCCAGUGAGAGAUCUCCACAUCAGCACCACUGCAACAGCGCAGUCCUUGGAGGCAGAAGUGAGGUAGAUGGGGUAGAACAGCAAAAAAAGGCAGAAAAUGCAAGUGAAAAAGAGCAAGCAGAAGUCACAGGCAAAAAACAAGUUCCAGAAAGCGUUGAGCAGAGCAUGGCAUCCGCUUGCCCUGAAGACGACACUGCCGAGGUUGCAACGCAAAAAGACAAAAGCUCUGAGCACGCGGCAGAACCUGAUGAAGAGCCCGUAGCAGCAGAGUGAGAGCGGCACCGCAGGCACUCGAGCAAGCGGCGAUGCCGCUGCCCUACCUGCUGGGAGCCAGCUUUAGCGAUUUGGAUGGCAGAACUACAUGGAAGAAUAAACUUUCUUCGGGCUGAUCCUGGCUAGUCCCUGUCUGACUUCCACCCUUUUUUAAUCAUCUGUAGUAAUUUCACCGAGAUCCAGCCCUUGGUUACCCUAAAGAGGAAAACUCUUAGUCAUCGUCUCGGACAGGCUGUGUCCUGUUCCUAUUUUUUUAUCUGAUGUUCGGGAUUAUCUUGGAGUAACAGGGAUUUUCGCACUUUGCUUUGGUUCUGGUAUGUCCCUUCUUAAAGAGAAGAGGAAAACUAAUCUUUCCUUGUUUGAACUAGUCAAGUAUUUAUUAAAUACAUGAUUUUUAAUGUAAGACAGCAUGACCUAAUUUGCCGGGCCUUUCUAUGACCUUGUACCUUCUAUUUGCUAUUUUGAAAGGCUGAACCUUCCCUGGAGGCUUAUUCCUGGCAAAGGUGCUGUGUGUCUGCUUCCUAGGGCAUAAAUCAUUAUUUUUGUGGCAUUUGCCUAAAAGAGACGAGUAUAUGCAUUUCCCAUCAUGUCAGAGUGUAGUUGCCUCUCCUUCUAUAAAGAAAGUAGGUUUGACUUUAGACUGGGGUAAAACACGUAGUCAAAACCUUUCUCUGACCGGUUAACCUUUGUGUACAGAUACUGUUCUCUAGGGUGCAAAGUGAUGGGUGAUUUGUUCCCUUUGUCCCCAUCGGAAGUUGCUUUGUAGUGCUUGUUAGAAUUGAGAAAUUAUGAAUUGUCUGGUUUUUUCUAAGAGAAAAACCCUCAAACUUUGCCUGAAGCGGUCUAGAGCUCUUUUUCCCCAGGUUUUUCCACCGCCUUGAGACCCUUGAUAGUCUUCCACAGAUGCUUAUGUCCACUACUGAUUCAAAAGCCUUCUGUCCUUAAUUGCCAAAAUAGAAUGAAUACUUGUUUUUUCACAACUUUGCUGUUAAUUUGCCGGUGGAUUUUCUGCGGGCCCAUGGCGUGAAGUUAGAUGUGUGACAUUUAACCCACUUCCUAGUUAGGGCAGGAUUGUUUUACCAUUAACGACCAGCGUGUCAGACAGCUGAGAGCAUGUUAGAGUGCAACAUGUCUGGAAACCACUGGGCUUUGUGGGGCAGUUAAUUGAAACUUUAAUUGCAGGGGGUACGCUUGUCUGGUUCGUUUAUUUACAGCCCCCAAGAAUUUACUUUCAGACCUUGCCAGCUAUUUGCCUGCCCUAACGCUGCUGACCUCCCCGUUAGCUAUUCUGCCUGAUUUACACAGUAUUCAACCAAGUCUGAAGGAGCAUUAAACAAUUUAGCACUUUGGCUCCUAGAGAUUUACAACCGAGGACCUGUUUCAUGAAGCGGAGGAAACCGUUUCCAACAGCCAGAAGGUCUGGACUUGCCGUUUGCUGAGAUUGUUUGUUUUAGUUUGGGGCUUGGUUUUUUUUUUGGGUGCUGUUUGUUUUGUUGUAGGAGAUGGCUAGAGGCUCGCCCGCCUUGCCAGAGGGCAGAUGCAGUGGCCUGUGCUAUGUUCAUGUUUUCCCUCUCUCUGCUACAGCUCUUAAGAAGCUUCAUCUUUCAAGGAAUUUGAUCGGUGACUUCCCUUCCCAGACUGUAGGUCCUGAUUCAGCAUGCCGCAUCCAUGUGUGGGAAUAAAAGUCUGCGAGCUUAACAUCUAAUAUUCAUGGUCACACACAUGCUGGAAAAGGCUUUUAAUGUUCUUAAAUUACUUCUUUUUUUUUUUUUUUCCUUAUGAACAAAUGGGGUUGAGUCGCCAAUAAGAAUACACUUAAUUAGAUACAAAUACUUGAAGACGUUGAGUGAAAAUUCUUUCAUAAAAGAUUCAUAAGAAAUUGUUAAUUGUGGCUUUUGUACAGAUUUAUAGUAAUUUUCUUAUUUAAUGAAGUUUUCAUUGUGAAUACGUGCUCAGUUGGGGCAUAGAUCCUGUAUCUUGUUAUGGUGAUGUGUGGUUUGGUUUUGUGUUAAAUGGGAUUCCACGGUGAGCCCUGGUCUGGAGAGCUCAAACCAAACCCUUCCCAUCAUGGUCAGGUUUAGAGGUUUGGCUGUGGGUGCUUGCAGAAAGUUCACGGGAUGUUUUCCAGCAAUGAGCUGUAUCACAGAGUCUGUUCCAUUAACAUCACCUAUUAAAGCAUGACUUUAAUGCAUACCGGUUUCUACUUAUGUUUUUUCCAUCUUUGAGGGUAGG